CCCUUCCACCACAAAUCAACCGCCCGGACCCAAUUAAUUACUCCCCUGAUCGAUUCAUUACCCCCUCUCCUCCCUCCCUCGGGUUCGGAGCAGCAGCGAGAGAUACAGAGAACCUGUUCCCGAGCGAGCGAGCAGCAAUGGCGGCCGCGCUGAGGAGGGCCGUCGCGCAGCGGUUCGCGGCGGCGCCGCAGUCCUACGGGAUGCGCCGCUUCCUGCAGGAGCGCCCCGGGUUCCGCCCCGCCGUGCCGCCGGACGUGGGAGGGUUCAUGCCGCCCCUGGCCGACCGGAUCCGCGACCACCUCGGCGUCUCGUUCCCGCGCAUCAACCUCGACGGGCUCGUGCCGCCGGCCGCCGCGCCCGCCCCUCCGGCAAGCGCUAGGGCAGAGGGGCCUGUGGCGAGCCUCACGGUAGAGGAGGCGAGGAAGGUGCUGCGGGCCACGCAGAUGGAGGCGGCGCGCGCGCGGGUGCGGGCGUCCCGAGAGGGCACCGUGCCGUACGCCGAGUUCCUGCGCCUCUGCUGCGACGCCGCGGGGGCGGACGCGGGCCCCUCCGUCGCGCGAGCGCUCGACGAGUCCGGAUCUGUCAUCGUGCUCGGCAAGACCGUCUACCUCAGGCCCGAGAUGGUUGUAAAAGCAAUUGAGAAGGUCAUACCCAUACCGCGAGCGCAAACUGUUGCCGAGAAUGACCUGGCAAGGGAAGAGCUCAAGGCCAUGGAGGCCCAGAAGGUGGACAUUGAUCGCGUUGCAACGCUCCAGGUACGGCGGGAGCUGUGGGGUGGGCUGGCUGCUCUGGCACUCCAAACGGCCGGCUUCAUGAGGCUUACAUUCUGGGAGCUCUCCUGGGAUGUCAUGGAGCCCAUCUGCUUCUUCGUGACGUCGACAUACUUCAUGGCUGGCUACGCCUUCUUCCUCCGGACCAAGAGGGAGCCAUCAUUUGAGGGCUUUUUCCAGAGCCGUUUCGCAGUGAAGCAGAAGCGCCUGAUGCAGGCUCGGGAUUUUGAUUUCCGCCGGUACAGUGAGCUCCGGCGAGCCUGUGGCCUACCGGCCUUGCAGCCUCGGAGCCCCUGUGAAUUCUCGCAGGAGAGCCACUGCCAUUGCCAUUGAUCCGUUCUUUCCAAUUUUUUAUGCCCAUUUUAUGUGGAUGCUUCAUGUACCGUUCUGAAAUGCGGAUGCAAAGCAUACUCAUUCAAAGUCAGAUUCAGUUCUAAACUCGAAAUUGGAGCGUUCCUGUUGCUGCAUUUGACUCGGGGAAGAGAGGGCAUCAUGUUGUACAUAUCGGCUGUAAACAAUCUUCUUUCAAAAAAAUGAUUCGGAACUCAGCAAUUUUUGUCCAA